ACCGCCGAGCGCGCCGGGCCUCCCGCUCCCCGCGCCUCGCUCGGCUUCGCGUGCUAUCGACCCCGAAAGUCCCGACCGUCGCGAGUGCACUAUGACACUGGUGAGCUAGCGGGCCGCCGCCGCCGCCGUGACGGUGUCCAUAUAUCCGAGUGUAUGUGUUGACAGUGCUAGUGCAGUGUUAGCUCGAGCCCGUGACCAGAAACGUUCGUGGUGGCCAGCGGAGCCUUGCACCCGGGCUCGGGCCGAGCUCCCAUGGCUCAGCCUAGGUACGACGAGAGCCUCCACGGCGGAGGCUACAUGGAGGGCGGCGCCAUGUACCACGAGCACCGGCUGGCGCACGCGCACCUGCCGCCCGUGCACUACGCGCCGCCCGCCGCCGCCGCGCACGCCGCGCAUGCCGCGCACGCCCUGCCCGGCGAGCCCCUCGUGCAUAAGCGCGACAAGGACGCCAUAUACGGGCAUCCCCUCUUCCCGCUGCUGGCGCUGAUCUUUGAGAAGUGCGAGCUGGCGACGUGCACGCCGCGCGACCCCGGCGUCGCAGGCGGCGAUGUAUGCUCCUCCGAGUCCUUCAACGAGGACAUCGCUGUCUUCAGCAAACAGAUACGCCAAGAAAAACCUUAUUACAUAGCGGACCCCGAGGUCGACUCAUUAAUGGUGCAAGCGAUACAAGUCCUACGGUUUCAUCUAUUAGAAUUAGAAAAAGUGCACGAGCUGUGCGACAACUUCUGCCACCGCUACAUUAGCUGCCUAAAGGGCAAGAUGCCGAUCGACCUGGUGAUCGACGAGCGGGAGUCUGCGCGGCCGCCGGAUGCCAACGGCGAGCGCUCCGCCGCCGACAGCGGGCACGACGGCGCCUCCACACCCGACGUCAGACCACCUUCAUCGUCGCUGUCGUACGGCGGCGCGGCGACGGACGAUGUGCGGUCGCCGGGCUCGGGUGGCACGCCGGGCCCGCUCGGACAGCCCCCUCCGCAGACCCUCGACGCCACGGAUCCAGAUGCGAUGGGCAAGUGGUGCGGGUCGCGGCGAGAGUGGUCGUCUCCGCCGGAUGUUGCGCGCCGGGUCUACUCCUCCGUCUUCCUGGGUAGCCCGGGUGAGUACCCAGGCGACGCGAGCAACGCCAGCAUCGGCUCGGGGGAAGGCACGGGGGAGGAAGACGACGACAGCAACGGCAAGAAGAACCAGAAGAAGCGCGGUAUCUUCCCCAAGGUUGCCACCAACAUCCUUCGCGCUUGGCUCUUUCAGCACUUAACGCACCCGUACCCCUCGGAGGACCAGAAAAAGCAAUUAGCACAGGACACAGGGUUAACGAUACUACAAGUAAAUAAUUGGUUUAUUAACGCGAGACGCAGGAUAGUGCAGCCAAUGAUAGACCAGUCGAAUAGAGCAGUGUUCUACCCGGCAGUGUUCCCGCAUGCGGGCCCGAGCGGAGCAUACAGCCCGGAGGCGACAAUGGGCUAUAUGAUGGAGGGGCAGCAGAUGAUGCACAGGCCGCCCACAGACCCCGCUUUCCAUCAGGGCUACGCGCACUACCCCGCCGAGUACUACGGACAUCAUCUCUAAUGCACGCGACACUCUUGUACAUAUUUGAAUAACACGGCGUUUGGCGGAAGGUCGCGUGCGGCUGCGGCGGUUGUGCUCGCCGAGCCGCUCGUUGUGCCGCUCGCCGCGCGACAUCGUGGCACGAACAAACAGGAGAACGAUGCUACAUGUAUAUAAUGCGAUACGUUUUGUAAUAUUGAAACAGUAUACGAUCUCCUAAACUAAGAUUUAAAGUCAACUUUAAUGUAUAAAUGAUAACGCGGAGUGACACGGACGCUGUAACAUAGUCGACGGUGCAAUCACCUACGUAUAAAUAAAAUACGAUAUCAUCAUUCGGAAUAACGUAAGGAGCAACUAAAUGUAACAAUAAACCCGUUUGAUUGUUAUCGUAUAAAUAUUUAUAGCUAAUUGUGUAUUGUUAUUACGUAAAUAUAAAUAAAUAAUUGAAUAGUUGUAAGUUGUAACUAUCAUUGGAAGUACCGGGGUCGAUAGAGUGGGACAUUUUGUUUUGUAAAGGAGUUUUUUUUUUGUAUAUGUAAUAGAAUAUAUAGGUUUCAUUUUUCAAUUUCACACUCGCUGUUGUGGACGAUAACGACCAAAAUAGAUGAGUCUAUUUAAAUGUAAUAAUCAAUUAUAUUCUGUAUUAAAUAUUUUACUCAUCACCAGUCACAUAGAUUGACUUGCACAGAUUAGCUUUAAAGAACAAAGACGAAUACCGGAAAGAAAUAGAAUUGCGGGCUAUAUUAGACAAAAUAAAUUGGAUCACAUUAAAUUUUCAUUAGAGUUCUCUGUCCUGUGAUUUGAAUUUUUAUAAUACUUGCGUUUUGAUUUAUCUAAAUCUGUGACCCUAGUGAAUUUGUGAGCUCAAAUAUACUUCUAGAUUGAACGUCAAUUUAUCGGAACUUUGUUUCAUCGCCCGCGCUGUAGUUUUGUGAUUUUGCUUUAC